AUGGCGCGCAGCCGAAGCCGCAGCCGUGAAAAAAGUAGAAGAAAACACUCUUCUAGCGAUGAAUCUGAUUAUGACCGGCGGAAACGUGAUAAUAAAAAGAAACGCAGAAGGUCUAGGUCAAGAUCACGGAGCGCAAAUUCAGAUCGCCGUAAGCACAAGAGCGGUAGCACCCAUUAUAGGUCGUCAGGCCAUGGAAGUAGUCACAGCCGAUCGAGUUCACGAGCUGAAAAACGUGCAGAAAAGUCACAGUAUAGUCGGCGUAAUCGAUCAAGGAGUCGUUCACCUAGUGACAAAAGACGAAGAGAUCGAUCUAAAAGUCGCUCGCCGGAAGAAAGAAGGCGUAGAGAGAAGGAAGAGAGAAACAAAGACGGACAUAAUAAGAAAGAGACAAGUGCAGACAUACGCAAGGAUGUCACUGCUGAAAAGGAUGGGAAAAUAUCUUUGAAAGAGCGCGUUGCAAAUCUUAUUGAGACUAGUAGCCGCAAUUUGUCGGAAUUAUGUUCUGCAAAUUCAGCAACAUUUGAUGUUGAUAAGGAGAAAAUAGCAGAGAUUGAAGCCCAAGGUUUCCAUCAACAAACUUUCGUCUCAAAUAUGAACAAAAAGGAACCUGUCACACAAAACGAUAAUAGCCAAAACUAUCAGAUGUCAACUAAAAGUGACAGUCAUGAAAAUGCCAUAUUUGGAUCAUCCACAUCAACUUUUACACCUGCACCUUCCAGUAGAAUUGUACCGACUAAUGGUUCAAAAGCCACAAAAGAUGAUGAUGACCUCUUUGGACCCAGUCUAUUGAUAGACCAGAACUUGCGUACAGAAAGAUGGUUACAAAAAUUAACAUUUAUUAGACAAAAGAUUCUUAGAGAAGCAAGGUGA